GCCAAUCCUUAAAGCUUGAGAGUCCUUCUUGUUCUUUUCUUUCCAUAAUCAAAAUCUCCCAACCCUUUUCUCCUUCAAUUUUUUUUCUUACUCCUCCUAAUCUGAUUUAUGUGAUCAGUGAUUUCUCACAUACACAAAUGUUUUUAUCAAAGCAUGGCCAUAGAUUCUUCAAAUAUAAAAGUCCAGCUUCCACCCUAUGUCUUUUCUUUUUGUGAGAGGCUUUUCAAUCUUGCUAAAAUCUCUUGGUCCACAAGUAUCUUCAACCACUGCUCUCAUUAACCUUUUGGCUCUGAACUCACAAUCUGUGGUGUGGCCUUAUUGUGGGACAUGCACAUCAUUAUUAUUCUUCUCUAAUCUACACAAAACAGUUUUUUUAUUUUUGUCCUACUAUAUCUUCCACAAAAAUAUCUUAAAAGAGUCAUCUCUUUCUGGUUUGAGUUCUUCAUCUUAAGACUAUUGUCUCCAAAUGGUUGCCAAUUACUUCUACGAGCUUUCACUUGGAGUUGUUGAAAUGGCAUGGAUUAUGCAUAGUUUUGACUACUCAAGGUUCUGUAGAUGGCUAUUGGUUGGUGUGUUCUCCUAUGAGAAUCAUGAGUGGAAGCCUCGGAUUAUCUAGCACCCACCUUGAGUUUAUUCUUAAGCUUUAGAUUGAGAUUAUAUACAAUAGCUUUUUUUGUUGCUGAAUUUUCAAUACCCUUAAGUCUAUAAUACAAGUACACCUGUUAUGUCAGAAUAAUUGUUAGUGAUCAAGCUACAGCUAGAGCCAUGUACAAGGGAAGACUAGGAGGCAAAGCUCAACUUGGAUAUGUUGAAACUGACCCAUCUGGUCGGUAUGGACGUUUCAGGGAUAUUCUAGGCAAAGGAGCCAUGAAGGUAGUGUAUAGGGCCUUUGAUGAGGUCCAAGGAAUGGAAGUUGCUUGGAACCAAGUCAAGCUUGGUGACGUUUUUCAUUCACCUGACCAACUUCAUCGCCUUUAUUCAGAGGUUCAUCUCCUCAAGAACUUGAGUCAUGACUCUAUCAUGACCUUCCAUGAUUCGUGGAUCGAUGUCAAUCAUAGAACCUUCAACUUCAUCACUGAAUUGUUCACCUCUGGCACCCUACGAGAGUAUAGAAGGAAGUAUCCUAGAGUAGAUAUCAGAGCAGUGAAGAACUGGGCUCGCCAGAUUCUAAGUGGUUUGGAGUAUUUGCAUAGCCAUGAUCCACCUGUGAUACAUAGAGACCUCAAGGGUGAUAACAUCUUUGUCAAUGGCCAUUUGGGGCAGGUCAAGAUUGGUGACUUAGGACUUGCAGCCAUUCUAAGUGGCUCUCAACAUGCCCACAGUGUCAUAGGCAAUUCCUCUUGCUCUUUUUACUUGGUACUUAAAUUAUCAAUAAUGAGUAAUCUAAAACUUAACCAUGUGUUUAUAAAACUGAAAUUUUGUGUUUGGUAUGAACCAUCAGGUACGCCAGAAUUUAUGGCACCAGAGUUGUAUGAAGAGGAAUACAAUGAGCUGGUAGACAUAUACUCUUUUGGGAUGUGUAUGAUAGAGUUGUUUACUUCUGAGUUCCCAUACAGCGAGUGCUCCAACCCUGCUCAAAUUUACAAGAAAGUUACUUCAGGGAAGCUACCAGAUGCAUUUUACAGAAUCCACGAUUUGGAAGCCCAGAGGUUUGUGGGAAAAUGUUUGGCAAAUGUCUCAGAGAGGUUGCCAGCAAAGGAGCUCUUACUGGAUCCAUUUUUAGCCAUGGAUCAACUUGACUCACCAUUGCCUAGCCCAACAUUACCCAGAAAACAUACUCAAACACUCAAUUUCACUUCAGCAGUUGCCAAAGAGGAACCUUCAAUGAUUGACCAAACAAAGAGUACACACAUGACAAUCACUGGGUCAAUAAAUGAAGAGGAUGACACAGUUUUCCUUAAAGUACAGAUUUCUAACAAAACUGGAAACACAAGAAAUAUAUACUUUCCAUUUGACACCAUAAACGACACUGCCAUUGAAGUGGCAAUUGAGAUGGUUAAAGAACUGGAAAUUAGUGACUGGGAACCAUUGGAGAUUGCUGAAAUGAUAGAAGAGGAGAUAUCAGCUUUAGUUCCAACAUGGAGGGAUUGGAGCACUUCUAAGUAUCAACAACAACAUAGUUUUAGCUAUGAAGAAGAGGAUGAUAUAAGUAACCACCAUCCUUUCUUCUCAUCAUCUUCUCUCUCUUCCUCUCACGGUUCUCUCCCAGUGUUUGGUUCUUCCAACAAGAACAAUACCCAACUUUAUGGGAACCAUUACCCUUUUGCUCAAGAUUGGCCUCAAGAUGAUCUAUUUAUGAAUGAUGAUGCGAGCUCUCAAAGCUCAAUGAACUCCUUGAAGUGUUUCAAUUUUCAUUGCUGUGACUCAGGCAAUGAAAAUGAGCAUAGUCCAACUAUACUAGUUGGAACAGAACCAAUUUGCUACACGCCAAAGGCCAACAACAAGUGCACAAGAUUCUGUCCUAGAGAAGAGAUGGUGGAGGCUGAUUCCACCAAACAGUUUUGCAACAUGAGAAUGGAUUCUAGCAGGUAUCAUAGGCCAAUGCAUGGAUGCCAAAGUCUGACAAGGAUUCAUUCCUAUGCGGAUUUGAGGAGACACCAACUACAAAGAUCACUGAUAGAGGAGAUACACAAGAGGAGGAUGUUCAAGACGGUUGGUGCUAUUGAGAACAUUGGGUUUCAGAAUCCAGAAAGAGGUGGAUGUUAUCCUCGUUGAAGCUCCAUGGAUUCAGAAUCUCUCUCUCUCUCUCUCUCUCUCUGUUCUUUUUUUUUCUUUUUUGGUUAUCUCUUUUGAGUGUUUAUUUAUUGCCUUGCUUUAUGAUGUCCGUCAAUAUUUGUAAACCAUACGGACACAUCUGAAUAUUGUACAACAUUGUGAAAAAGUUGUAAAAUAUUUCAAUCUAUGCAAAUGUAAAAGGUUGUUUACA